UGCUGACCUAUGAGCUUAUAUCGCAUCGCUAGAUCCAUCGCUGGCUUAUUUGCCGACACCGUUAGAACAAGGCCUAUCUUUCCAUGACUCUACAGUACAGCAAUCGGCAAACUCCCUGGAAUCAGUCCCAUGCUCACCGAAUUCAUUUUCAGUACUUCAGAAGCUUUACCAACGUUGCACGUCAUUAGACCUCCUACGUUUCAUUGAGGACCCAAGGACACUAGGCCGCUUCCGGGUCGAAGAGCCACGCGCCAUGGUCGGAUGUGCUAUGGUCAACGACUUGGACGACGGGGCCGGGAAAUCUCCCAACAGUUGCCAUCCGUCACGACUCGCUCAGCAGCAGCUGCGGCCUCUGUGUUCAGCUUCUGAGACUUUUGUACUAGUUUGUGGGAAUGAAAGUGAGCGAGAAUGGUCUGCCAGACAUGUUCGAACUUCGGCUGCAAGAACUCCAAGUCAGAGGGUGGAAGUCAUUGUACUUCUCCCUAUUUUAUCCCUCUAUCAAUCACGAAGCAUGUUUUUCCCAUACACGCUUUGUUCGUCCAGGAAACCCUCUUUGACCAACAUGAGAUCAGCACCCGUAAAUGGGUUCCACUUGCUCGUUCAUUUCGACCAACAAUACUUGACUUCGGGGUUCUUAAACAAUGGAUUGACGAACGUCGGUCAAAACAGGUCGAGUCCUGUGGGACCAUCUCCCAUCGUGGAGUGUACCCCAGUGGGCAUCAUUUAAAGCGCAGCAUCCUACAAGUGAUCCAGACCGACUCACUUUUGACUAUCAGCCUGACUUACACGAGCCCAAAAAGUAUUUUCAGAUCUGCACAAUGCCCUUCAAUAACGA